AUGCUCUAUGUCAUACAUAAAGUGUUUCUGAAGCCAGAUAGAUUGACCAAAAGAAGCACUGACCAGCAGUUAAAGAUCCAAAUAGAGUACGACUCCAGCUUGGAUGGGUUAGAUGAAGCCAAAAGCAGCCUUGUGAAGGACAAGCUCCUCCCACAGGCUAUUGAUUAUCUUCAGAAGGCCUUCAGGGUUCGCAGGCAGUCAGGUCCAAUAUUACUGAGCAGACAAUGUGCAACCAAUCAGUACCUUAGGAAAAGAGAUGACCCACAUCUUAGGACGAAGAGGACUCACUGCAUUCUUUUACAUUUUAGGGUUUGCAGUGAGUCUGGCAAGUCCUGCGGCCCCGCUGGCUCUCCUGAUGGUGAGGGGGUGGUGAGGGCUGGUUUUGUGUUGUACGUGAGUGCGAUGACCACAGAGCGUUGUGGACAAGAGAACAUCGUAGCCUAUGCAGCGUACUGCCAGCUGGAGUCUAAACUGGACAGACCCAUCGCUGGAUAUGCCAAUCUGUGUCCCAAUAUGAUCUCCACUCAACAUCAGGAGUUUGAAGGGAUGCUGUCCACAGUCAAACACGAGAUCAUACAUGCCCUGGGUUUUUCUGCAGGACUCUUUGCCUUUUACCAUGAUGAUGAUGGGAAACCUUUGACGCCACGUUCUGCAAGUGGUCUACCUGCAUACAAUGAAAGUUUAGGGUUAUAUCAAUGGAGUGAUAAAGUCAUUAAAAGAGCAACUCGGCUGUGGGACAUCCGUGGUGGCCACAUGGUUAGACACACGGUCCAUCUUCUGGCCACCCCGCGUGUAGUUGAGGAAGCCAGGAGACAUUUUAAUUGCCCCAUUCUAGAGGGCAUGGAAUUGGAGAACCAGGGAGGUGCUGGAACAGAGUUCAACCACUGGGAAAAACGCCUGUUAGAGAAUGAAGCAAUGACUGGAUCUCACACACAGAACAGAGUGUUUUCUAGAAUUACUUUGGCCAUAAUGGAGGAUACAGGGUGGUACAGGGCAAAUUAUAGUAUGGCGGAGAACCUGGAGUGGGGAAGAUUUUUGGGUUGUGACUUUGUGAUGAAAAGCUGUAAAUUCUGGAUAGACCAACAUCGCCAUACGAGGCCAACCCUGAGCCCGUACUGUGAUUCUGUGAGGAGUGCACCUCUGCAGCUCACCUGCAGGCAGGACCAGCUGGCAGUGGCCGUGUGCAACCUGCAGAAGUUUCCUCAUGCGCUUCCUGUAGAGUAUCAGUACUUUGACCAUAUUCCUGGUGUCCCUGAGGAAGAUUUGCCAGCAUACGGAGGGGCUGUUGAGAUCGCAGACUACUGUCCUUUUAGCCAGGAGUUUAGUUGGCAUGUGGGUGGGGAAUACCAGCGCAGCUCUUACUGUGGAAUACAGGAGAACCAGCCAGCCACAUGGAGAAACUAUGGUGUGGAACAGUAUGGCCCAGGAUCAGUGUGUCUCUACCAAAAGUCACCAUUUGUAAUGGAGCAGUGCACCAAAAGAAUGACCUACCCAGACUGGGGCAGUGGUUGCUAUAAGGUGUCUUGUACAGCACAAGGGUUGUUGGUCUGGGUGCAGAAUGAUUCCUAUCCAUGUGUUCGUACUGGUCAGGUGAUCAGUGUGAGCAUACGGAUGAAUGGAUGGGUCUACAGCGGCCAGCUCAUCUGCCCAACCUGCUCCGACUUCUGCAGCGACUGCCCCCUCCCUCAUGAGAUCCCCCCUCUAAACACCACCAAGAGUGCCCGCUUAGAUCCUUGUUCCAGAUCUUCUUGUUUGGUGGUGAACUUAUGGCAGCUCCUGUUAACUCUUACUCCACUGCUGAUCGGCUUCCUCCUCUGUGGCAGGGACUGAAUUUGUUCCCAGUUGAUUGGGUGAAUAUGGAUGCCUUGAUAUGCUACAGGCUUCCCUUGAGAUUUAGCUGCUGUGGACAGCAAAACAGCGGUCACUUCCGUAGUGUAGCCUGUGAUCUGAUAACUCUUCUCUCUCUAUGUGGAGGUGUGAACUGUAGAUGGGAUUGAAAAGCCAUUGAUUGCUCCUUGCCUGGCUGUCAGGUGCCAGCGAGCUGUAGAUCCUAUGUGAAGCCAUAGGCAUGCAAGUUAUGGUUAUGCAGGUGCUAAUUAAUGUCCUCUUUGUCUCUCUGAUGGACCUGUAGCAUUUUGGUACUUGAAAUAGGCAUCUGGUUGAGAAUGAUGAGAGAUGUUCUCUCUGGUGUGUUCUGCUCAUGGUGCUUCUCUGUUGUUUCGUGAAAUUAACUUGCUGGCAAUGUUUUGAUCAGCGUAUAUCAGGUCAUGUGACUGACGAUGCUUGUGAUUUUGCAUGGAGAAGUGCAGGAGAGAUCUCUGUUAAGGUCCGUGCAAGUGCUGAAUUUGAAUUGUUUUUUCAGAAAUUUUAAUGUUGCUGUUGUACAAGAUAAAUACUUCAGAAAGGGUUUAAUCAUUGAAUUUAUUAAUGUACAGUUGGGUCCAGAAGUCUGGGAUUACUUUGAAGAUCUGGGAUUUGUUUAAAUUUACAGGUAAAUAGAACACUUUGGGAUUUUGAGAUAUUUCAAAAAAAGGAAAAAUAUGAUUUGAUAUGAAAAUUUCUAGGUCUCUAAUCCAAAGUUGACAUUGAUCAUGUGUCUCUUUGUACUGACAGUCAGAUGUUCUUGCUUCCGUUGAAGCACA